AUGUGUCUGCCUGACUUUAGGGUGUCCUCUGAGCCUGAGACUGUCAGGGUGUAUCCGCUCUCCUCACUCAGUCCUCCGGCUCUGCUGCACCUCUCCUCCUGCAGAACCGGUAACAUUCUGCGCUGUGAUGUCAUUAUUAAUCAGACUGAAAGCAUUCAGGUUGUCACAGCCGUUCGGCAACUUUUUACCGACGACCCUCCUCUGCCGUUAUCGGUCCGGGCGGUCCGGAAGGUAGGAAAUACUUUUAGCUGUCUGGCUGGCUUGGAAUUUAAUUGGCGGCUGGCAAAGGAGCCUGACGCAACACAGGCAGUGAGGUUUGUGCGUCAGCAUGAUGCAGGGUACGCUCCUCCACCUCAUAUCCUGUUUCUAGAAGCUACUGGUCAGCGGGGAGAGAGUGUCUUGCUGUAUGGGAUUCACAGUGGUUCAGCCCUUAUAAAAGUGUCUUUUCUGCCCCUGAACGUAAGACUGCACCUGAGUCCGGUGGGAGAUGCAUUCCCUGCUGCAGGGAUCCACCAUCAGAUACACUCUGGAAAGCAGCAAGAAGGAGAGACUGAGGUCAAUCUGUCCGAGGAAGGAUAAGGUCUGGAUGUGGACGGAUACAAGGGCAGAAUGUACGAUCAUGACAUCAUAUCUGUUGAGAGGGAAACAGCUACUGUCAAUGCCCUCCAGCUGGGUCAUGCGACACUAACAGUAACAC